UUGGCCUUGAAAUGGCGUCGGGUCGAGAUAUGUUGCAAGGCAAGAGGCGCCAUGUUCGGACAGAGAAAAUGGAGGAGUUUUUGAAGGCCAAAGAUGAUGCCAGUAGCCCGGCUAAGAAGCUCACCUGCCCUAUUCAAGAUUGCAACAAAAUGUUCACAAGCACGCCUGGGCUGAAAUACCACUUGCAGACUCACAGCAGUGUGUUGCCACAGUUCUCGUGUAGGAAAUGUACGAAACUAUUCAAAAGUGCCAAUGGCUUGAAAUACCACAGGGAACGUACUUCAUGUGGUGACUUCUAUGAUGCCGCAGAUUCUCCUGAUGUUGAAGUUGAUGACAGUGGUGGUGGUGACAAUGACGGGGGCCCCAUGCAAGUACCUUCUCCAGACAAGGCAGCUGACCAGACAUUCACAUAUCAUUUUCCUGAAAGGCGUCCCACACUGGCCCCUCCUGCCCCUGUCCAUUCUGGAAUGGAUAAGCUUACGGAGCUGGCCAUCAUAGCAACCAGUCCACACAGUCCUUUGAUGCAAAGGAAUAGAUCUCAGUGGGGGAAAAUGCCAAGUGCCGAAGUCGUUCGCUCUCUGACUUUGAUGCUAGAUUCCUGUGAGGGAAAUCAAAGACUGGUGAUUCAAACGGACAGUGAACCAAAUCUUGAUCUCACAAAUAGUAGCGAAACCUGUGAUAAUUCUUACUCGCAUGCUGUGGACAGUACCGCAGUGGUUACAGUCAGUGAUCAAAAGUGCAGUGAUUAUUGCUUGGCUGAUAGAAACGGACUUAAGAUUGCUACUGAAGAAACCAGUGACAUAAAGGUUUCCACUGACUCACUUUCGCUUGUCUCCCCUUGUAAACUGGAGUCACCUGGUAGCUGGUCUCACACCUGGUCAACCCCUGCAUGGCACUGCUUUCUCUCAGGUUCACACGUGAUGUAUGGAUCCAACAACCAGUGGCAACUUGUGGACACACUUUCUGAAAGGGAAGAUCUUUUCAGACCAGAUGAUAUAACCUCCUCUACAUCUUGUUAUGCGAAUGAAGGUCUUGUAGUCCAAUCAAUGAAGGCAUUAGAAACCGAUAACACGGUGCAUGAGAUAAAGUUCACAUCAACUGGGUUUGGGGAACCAGCAUUGGUGGCAAGAUGCCAAAAGGAUCACCCAUUCCUCGUAAAAGACAAAGGCUGGACAUCAUGUGAGGCGGUGGAGCAACGCAGGCAAUUAUGUGUCGGCGAUGUAUGUCUCCCACCAUCACUUUAUGACGAGGAAAAAUUCAAAAGUUUGGAAGAAUUUGAGUUCACCUCAGAAGAUUCUUCUGCUGUAUUUGCACUAAGCAGUAUGAAGUCCAAAAAAGAUUCAGAGUUGAGUCCAGCUGUAGAAUUGAAACCCCUUUUGAGCCCCUUCAGCGGGACCCCUAAGGGAAAGCGCCCAAUGAAUGCCUUCCUACUGUUUGCGAAGGAAGUCAGAGUGAACUUCACCCAACAGUUUCCCAAACGGGAUAACAGGGAAAUCAGUGUGAUGAUAGGCGAGCAGUGGAAGGGUCUGUCCCCUGAGAAACGCGCCAUGUACAAGGAGACCGCCCAACGUAUGGCUCAUGACCAUAAACUCAUACAUCCUGAUUGCUGGAAACGAAAGAAAUAGUGCAAUAGUUAAGGGCAUUUCAUAUCGAAAGGCGAAUUGAAACUGUGAAGAGACAUACAACAUUGCCAGUGCAUAUAGGGUGCUUCUAUAUAGUUUUCCUUGAAAGGGAUUUGUUGCUAGUUUCUUUUAGUUCUUUUCAUUGUUUAUUUAUAAGUUGAUUGUUUGCUUGAAUUUUAUCUAUUAUAAUUUACACAUUUUGUGUAUGAAAGGAUAUACAGUUAUUAUUUAUAAUGUGUGUUACACACUUUCUUUGUUAAUUCAAAAUAUGUGCUUGAUGUUUUUAAUUAGUUUUUUUUGUUUUUUUAUUUUAAAGAAAAUGUGAAGCUGUUUACUGACUAUUCAAUAUAUAUGUGUAAUUUUCAGCACUAUUUGUAUGAUAUUAAUUAAGUUGUUUAUCAAAAAUAAUUGUGAACAUUAUUUAUAAAAAAAUAUUUGUGAUCGUGUUCAAGAAUUAUAUGUUUAAAGGAAGGAUGUGAAGACCCACCCCCUCCCCCUCUCUCUCUCUCACUUUCACUCUCUUGCCUAGUAAGAUUAUAGUUUUGUUAUGUCUGGUUCAAUCAUUAGCUCGACUAUUAUAUAUGAAAUAUAUAUAGUGGAGCUAUCCUACUCAACCCGGCGUCUCCGUUUGCGUUCACGUUAGCAUGCAAAUGUUAAAGUUUGCGUACUACCCCAAAUAUUUCCUAUGUCCUUUGACAUAUUGCUUUUAUAUUUUGCAUAUUUCUUUACCAACAUGACCCCAAUCUAUAAACAAGAGCAGACAACUGUAUCAAGCAUUUUGACAGAAUUAUUGCCCCUUUUAUACUUAGAAUAUGCAUAUAAUUGAUAAAUCUAUGUUUAAGUUUGCAUAUCACCUCAAAUAUUUUCUAUGUCCUUUGACAUAUUGCUUUCAUAUUUUGCAUACUACUUCUUCACCAACAUGAUCCCAAUCUAUAAACUAGAGUAGACAACUGUAUCAAGCAUUUUGACAGAAUUAUGGCCCCUUUUAUACUUAGAUAAUUGAACAUUUUGCUUAAAUUGCCAUAACUUCUUUAUGAUCACAUUUGAUUCAUACUUUGACAAAACAAAACACCUGACAUACCACAAUGCACUCCACCCAAACCAUCCCCCAUGCCCC